AAACGCGAUUAUUUCACAGGAUGUGACAAUAUCUGGCAACCCGGAGACGCAAUCUGUGUCAAUUGCCGGGCGACGUAGUGCGAAUAAAGGCCGUAGUCUAUUUGUGAGUGUGGCUCAUAUUGACGCGUGAGGUUGCCUUUAGCCCCAUUUGUCUCCAUGGCGGGUUGAUGAUUUAUCUUUUAGUUUGUCCGUUGCUCGUUUCGGUGUCGCCGGCGUCGCGUCGUGUCCGUGUUUUUGCGCCGUAAUGACAGGUGUUCAAGGUAAAGCGCCUACAGGAUGACGCCUUUCUCUCUUGUCGCUCGAUGCAAAAGGUGCAUGAGGGAGGCUUCGGUCUUUGUUUUCAUAUUGUUUAUUCAGUAGACGUCGGACGGUUUAGACAGGAGAGAAACCGGCGCGACAUCCACACUCAGAAUGAGAAAAAGCAUCCCUUUUGAAAACCGUCAUCAUUAAUGGACAAUAAUUAAUCCUCGGGGGACGUUAAUUGGUUAAGGGGUUUAAAGCCGCGCACCGACUGACUUAAAUUUGUGAUGCCCUAUUUUCGCUUGUAGUAAACGGCUCGUUGUGCAGGUUCAGUAGGCUACAGGCAGAUUAUCGAGCGGCAGAGGAGGAGGAGGUCUGUGUGGCAGAUAAAGAUGGUGUUUCGGAGUGAAGAGAUGUGCUUGGCGCAAUUGUUUCUGCAGUCCGGCUCUGAAUAUGACUGCAUUAGUGAGCUCGGAGAGCUGGGGCUGGUCGAGUUUCGAGAUCUCAACCCAAGUGUCAGCUCAUUCCAGCGACGCUUCGUCAGCGAAAUCAAGAGGUGUGAGGAGAUGGAGAGAAUUCUGGGGUACCUUCUGAGGGAGAUUCAAAAGGCUAACAUAGCCGUUCCAGAGGAGAAUGAGAGUCCACUUGCUCCCCCUCCCAGACAAGUCCUUGAGAUCAUGGAGCAGCUUCAGAGGCUGGAGAUGGAGCUCAGCGAGGUGGCCCGAAACAAGGAGAAGCUGCGGAGGAACCUCCUGGAGCUCACCGAGUACACACACAUGCUGAAGAUCACGCGGACCUUCAUACACAGCCGCUCCAGACAUGAGGCUCUUGGUCCCCAGUAUGAAGAAUUUCCCACUAUGGAGACGGACUCGGUGACAGGAUGCACCGGCAUGCAAAGGCUUGGAGCCAAGCUGGGGUUUGUGUCAGGUCUCAUCCAGCGGGUGAAGGUGGAGGCCUUUGAGCGCAUGCUGUGGAGAGUGUGUAAGGGCUACACCAUCCUCAGCUACGCAGAAGUGGAUGAGAACCUCGCUGAUCUCGACACUGGUGAGAUAAGCAAAAGUGUCGUAUUUCUCAUCUCUUUCUGGGGAGACCAGAUUGGACAGAAAGUUCAAAAAAUUUGCGAUUGUUACCACUGCCAUCUUUAUCCACACCCUGAGAAUGAUGAGGAGCGGGCAGACGUGUUGGACAGCUUAAGGACACGUAUCCAAGACCUGAACAAUGUGCUGCACCGCACUGAGGACUACCUGAGGCAGGUUCUGCAGAAGGCCUCGGAGUCAGCAUAUACCUGGGUCGUGCAGGUGAAAAAGAUGAAGGCAAUCUACCAUAUCCUGAAUCUCUGCAGCUUUGAUGUCACCAACAAGUGUCUGAUAGCUGAGGUGUGGUGCCCCGUCAGCGACCUGGCAAACCUGCGUGGAGCGCUGGAGGAGGGCUCGAGAAAAGGUGAUGCCACUGUGCCGUCUUUUGUGAACCGCAUCCCAAGUACUGACACCCCACCUACUCUUUUAAGAACCAACAAGUUCACAUCUGGCUUUCAGAGUAUUGUGGAAGCUUACGGGGUGGGGGACUAUCGCGAGGUAAGCCCAGCUCCCUACACCAUCAUCACAUUCCCCUUUCUGUUCGCUGUGAUGUUCGGUGACCUCGGGCACGGGAUCGUAAUGAGUCUCUUUGCCUUGUGGAUGGUGCUGACAGAAAAGAAGCAGAAGAAGAAACGAUCCAAUAAUGAAAUAUGGGCGACUUUCUUCAACGGGCGUUACAUCAUCCUGAUGAUGGGGCUUUUUUCAAUUUACACCGGACUGAUCUACAAUGACUGUUUCUCCAAGUCUCUCAACAUAUUUGGCUCCGGCUGGAGCGUCAAGGCAAUGUUCACGAAUCAACAGUGGACAAACAAAACCCUGCAAACAAAUGCUUUGCUUACAUUAGACCCUAAUGUCAGUGGUGUUUUCAGUGGACCAUACCCGUUUGGCAUUGAUCCUAUAUGGAACAUGGCGGUGAACCGGCUGUCCUUCCUCAACUCCUACAAGAUGAAGAUGUCAGUUAUUAUCGGGGUCAUCCACAUGAGUUUUGGAGUGGUACUGAGUGUCUUCAAUUACUUGCACUUCCGACAGAAAUUUAAUGUCUAUGUGCUAUUUCUUCCUGAGCUGCUCUUCCUGCUCUGUCUCUUUGGCUACCUGGUCUUCAUGAUUUUCUACAAGUGGUUGGCGUACGGUGCACGAGACUCCAGCAAGGCUCCCAGCAUCCUCAUCCACUUCAUUAACAUGUUUGUCAUGCAGGGGAAGGAUAUCACUCCUCUUUACCCAGGACAGACUGGGCUGCAGAUUUUCUUAGUCCUGAUAGCUUUGCUGUCGGUUCCCGUGCUGCUGUUAGGAAAACCUCUUUACUUGUACUGGCUGUACCGUGGAGGCAAAGGCCUGCGCAGGCGUAGAGGUUAUGAGAGGGUGAGACGUGUCAGUGAGGAUGACAAUUCCACAACACCAUCCUAUGAAGAGGAUGAAGAGGAGGGACUUGAUGAAAUACCCAGCAGAGAAGCUCUUCCCAGAGAGUUUGACUUUGCGGACGUGCUCCUGUACCAGGCCAUUCACACCAUAGAGUACUGCCUGGGCUGCAUUUCCAACACUGCAUCAUACCUGCGUCUCUGGGCGCUCAGCUUGGCUCACGCCCAGCUGUCAGAGGUGUUGUGGGCCAUGGUGAUGCGCCUGGGCCUGAGGGUCACUACCAGAGUGGGGGUGGUAUUUCUGGUCCCCGUGUUUGGCCUCUUCGCCAUGCUCACCGUGUCCAUCCUACUGGUUAUGGAAGGCCUAUCAGCCUUCCUCCAUGCUCUCCGGCUUCACUGGGUGGAGUUUCAGAACAAAUUCUACCACGGGACCGGCGUCAAGUUUGUGCCCUUCGACUUCUCCCUCCUUCCCUCCGUUUUCGAACAAGACGGCUUGCUUUAAAAAUAUGGACUCCGAAGUGUUGCAUAUGAGUGGAGGCAGACUUUAUAAUUGGGAAGGAUGCUGGAAGUUGGAACAAUUCACACUGUGAUAAGGACAACAAAUCUUCACAACAACGGAUUGAAACUCACUCUUGUAGCAACGUUUUUCACCAUGACGAUUUUUAAAAUGUUCUCGGCUGUGCUGACUGCCUUACUACUGUACCCAGCAAACCUCUGAACACACAGAGGCUCAAAAUUAUUCAUGUUCCGUUAAUGAUUUAAUUUCGUAGGUGAGAUAUUGCUGAACACUUGGAUUUAAAUAUUUAAUUUGCGUUGUCCUGUGUAAACUGGAUUUGUAUUAUUUACAACACGGUAUUUAAAAUAAACAGUUAUACAGUGCAACGUAAAGUCAGGAAUAUGUUACAAUGAUAUCUAAUGAAGACCUUGUCGAGCAUCCAGAUGUAGUGCCAUAGAGAUUUAUUUCGGAUGAUGACAUGGAGAUGCCUUUGGUUUUCUAAAACUGCUCCUACAUGUGAUAAGAGAAAACCUGUAGGCAUCAGAAUCUGAAGAAAGAAUAAAAACGUCACAACCCUUUUUGUGUGAGGCAUAUUGUCACAAAGCACUUUGCAGAAAUGAUUGUACAAUGAAAAGUUUUCAGUAACGACUGUGAUGAUGCCAAAUGGAAAUAAUCCUUCAACUGUUAGCUGUUUGCUUAUUUACUUAUUAAUGCAUUUAUUUAAACAUAACCUCCCCCUGUAAUCAAUAGAAAAGUAUCAGAUACGCCAGAAAAAAUCAAGAAGCCUUAGGUCUUUCUUUGAUGAUAACUGCUUGUUGCAUUUGUUAAUAAUAAUUAAUCAUGGUAUUUAUUUAAAAUAUUGUCUGUACAAGAGUCUAAUAUUUUACCAUUUUGAUGUGUUGAAUAAAGGUUUCAAGAAAUGCAAGCAAA